CGAGCGUGACCAGGCUAGCCUGUCAAGCGUUAUGCCGCCCAAGGCGAGACAGUAUGUCUACAGACCGAAACGAGACAACUACUCUGCCAUCUGUCGCUGCUCGCGCGGCUUCGGCAACCGUCAGAGCAAGCUCAAUUGUACAAAUCGUGCGCAUGCCUCUCCCACGCCCACGGGGCGCCCACGAAAGCGUGCACGUUCAGAGCUGUCAUCUGGCAGGCACCUCGAGGGUGUGAGCCUCGACAACGAGCCAGCGGUUAUUGACGAUACAAUCACGGAUUUCCUCUUUGAUCGUGGCAUCCUUUCCGGUGCAGGCCCUGCGCUCAAAUUUGGACGUGACCAUGCUCCUGGCGACGGUCGUGAGCUUAGUCUUGAGGACAUUGUCGACCUGCUCUACAAUCAGAGCAUCACCCUCGAGAGCGCAGUCACACGUAUGCUUGAUCGCGUCUUUCCCGAAGAAGCCGACAGAGCACGAGCUGCCGUCCAAUCGUAUAUGGCCAUGUUCGAGCCUUCGAGCGCCUUCGAGCUCGCUUUCACGGACCGCUACGCUGUCACGCAAAUGUUGCGCGAAUCUUUGAUUGAUGGCAAAUUGGGAUUGACUGUCUUGGCCCGACGCGAUUUUGCCGAGGGCGAGAUCAUCCCUGGCCUGGACGGACCAGUCUUUCCUCAUGAUCCUAAUCUGCAUAAUGAUUUCUCAACUUUCUACGAUACUUCUCGUCAGCGCGAAAUGGGAUUGUGCGGUCCAGCCCGACUGGUGAACCAUGACUGUAACAACAACGUUCGGUUCGUACGCUUGGAAGGCGGUCGCAUUGGCUUCCGAGCGACACGUCCCAUCGCCAAUGGCGAAGAGAUCCUCACGACCUAUGGCCCAUCGAGCUUCGGCGCCAACAACGUGGGCUGUUGCUGUCAGACAUGCGAGCUGUAUGUCAUCUCUUUGCUCUCACAGCGACCGGUGAUGACCGUGAUGACAGUGCGAACAAAGGCGCCUACGAAGGCCUCAACAAGUUUGGUCUCUCAGAUCUGAUCCGACGCCGCGAGAAGCUUUGGCCUGGCGCGGACGACAU